AUGGAAAGAAGAACAAACGGAACACAUUUUGCGUGUGCUGCAUGCAAGCAUCAAAGGAAGAAAUGCAAUGAAAAUUGCAUAUUGGCCCCUGUUUUUCCAGCAAGUAAAACUCGUGAAUUCCACGCGGUACAUAAGGUUUUCGGUGUCAGCAACGUAACAAAGCUAGUGAAAAUUGCAAAGGAUGAGGAAGAUCGAAGAAGAGUGCUAGACUCAUUAAUAUGGGAAGCAAUGUGCAGGCAAAAAGACCCUAUACUUGGCCCUUAUGGAGAGUACAUGAAAAUUUACAAUGAGUAUAAGAAAGUGUUCAAUGAGCUAACCAUAUACAAGAAUCAAAAGUUCCUAUUGCAAUUGCCAUAUCAAGGUGACCAACCAAACUGUGUUCAUCAAGAUUUGAUUGCAUUGAGGGGGGGCAAAGAAUUGAAUCAUAAAGGAGAAGUAGUGGUUGAUGAUGAAUUGGUUAAUUAUGUUAAUGAUAAUAAUGAUUGUGUUAUCGAUUCAACUAUGUAUGGUGGCUAUCAUUCAAAUUAUUUACACGAUUUUGAGAAUAUGAUGAGGCCGGAAGUUGUGACUCCAUUCCAACAGCAUCCUCGUCCACACUAA